GUGAAUAAUUUAUCACUUUUUCGGUUAUCCUCAUGUACGUCCAAGAUGUAAAUAAACUUAUCAAGAAAAUGACUCCGCGGGUCACUAAACUUCAUUGAAACUGCUACAUAAUUUAUCAACUUCGUUUUGUUUCCUGAAUGUUUGAGAAACAAAAUAGUUGUGGACUGGUCGCGGAAUUCGUCGGAUUAAAAAUGGUGUCCUUGUGAGAAAUAGAAUGACAAAAUGCUCGCGUACACCUUCAUGUGCCGUAGAACCCGCAGGAGCAUGGCCAGCGGUGACAAGAAGAGCCCCCAACUUAGUAAAAUCAAAGUGAAAGUUGGUAACAGCACAGUGACAGCCAGCGACUCCGACGCUAGCGUGGAAACAAACAGUUUGAGUGCGGAAAGCGCAACCGAACAGAAUAAUGUCCCGCAAACGGAGAAACGGCGCAAGAAAAAUAGAAGAGGCUCGGAAUGGGAGAUAAUGGAGGGACUGAAGGACGGACAACGUUUCGAUAACAAGCCGAACCCCUUCAAUGGCUUCUUGCACAAGAAGAGGAAGUGGCCGUUGAAGGGCUGGCAUAAGAGAUAUUUUGUGAUAGAAAAGGGUAUUCUAGUAUACGGCAAAGGCCCCAGCGAAAUCAGUAAAGGAAAAAUACACGGAUCUGUCGAUAUUGGAUUGUCUGUGAUCACUACGAAAGCGAAAAGAAGACGAAUAGAUAUAGACGCAGAGGAAUUUAUUUAUCAUUUAAAAGCCAAAAGCGACGACGCUUUUACGAGUUGGGUGCAACAGUUGACGGCUCAUAGGUUGUAUAGGCAGCAUAUUCUUACGUAUGGAACGAACGUGGGGGCUUUGUUUAAACCGACAGAUGGCCUGCACAGUAUACCCAGAACACCAGAGAUCGUAAGUCGUGAUGGUAGCUUAACCCGGGGGUUGCAGCCCCCGCCGAGCUCGGGUCGGUUAAGCCUGUGGCUCCAAGAGUCCCUAACGUCCCUCGAUCAGUUUCAAAGAGACGCGACAAGCUUAGAACAAAACAUAACGAAGCUGUCCAGACUCCUGCAACAAAUAGAGGCUAGUGCAAUAUUGGGAACGGAGCAUUUUCAGUGUGUACCCGAGGCUCUCUCUCCCAACAUAAAAAAAGACAGGAGGAAGUUCGGCUUGAAGAAGAAAAAGUCCGCGAAAGGCGGCAGCGUCGAUUUAACCAUCCAAUUUAGUAGCGCUAAUAAAUCUUCAACUACUGGAACGGAUACCGACAACACUUCUCCACUUUCCGCUAAUUCGCUUUCGGUGCUGUCGACUUCUCCCCAGCAACUUGGAGUCAAUACUGUGGCUAGCUUGCCAGUGCCUAUUAAUGCUACUACUCCUACUCCUGAUAGUCUUAGUAACGUAGAUGUUAUUUCUUUGUCGACGGAAAAUCAGCUGAGGGAGGAUUUUUUGUCUUUGGCGAAAUCAGUUCUUGGUAGUAUUAAGAGUCUAUCGUUCGGCCUAAGCACGGAACGCGAAAGACUUAAGUCGGCUUUAGAAUUAGAAGGAACCGUCAAUGUCAAUCAAAACGUAGUUAAUUUAAGAAACAAUCUAAAUCAAGUUCUUCAACAAAACACAGAACUGAAGAGUAGACUGUUACGCAUACACGAAGCGUCCGACUUGACGGACCUCUCCUCGCUCGAGCAGCUGUCGGAGAACCAUCGUCCCUAUAACGCUUCGUUGAGCUAUAGUUCCUCGUGUGUGAGCGCGACCGAAUUUUUCGAUGCCGAAGACUUGCCGACCGAGAAGCCCACGCUGGACAUCGAAGAUCCAGAAAUACAAGAAGAGGAGUCUGAGGUGCGUACACGUUCUGAAAGUAGUUCGGAGGCGGGCUCACUCUCCAGUGGCGAAGGCAGCAUUAGUUCAGAGUCGGAACUUGGUACUGAGCUGAACACGGUCAAUAAUUCGCUAGAUUCGGCAGGUUCGCAAGGACUGACCGGCCGAAGGACAGUCCUCCCCGCGCCCCGUCCCCACACUGAAGGUCUCUCAUUGUGGAACCUUCUCAGCAGAAACAUAGGCAAAGACCUGUCCCAAAUCAGCAUGCCAGUAGCCCUCAAUGAACCCCUCAACGUCCUUCAAAGGCUGUGCGAAGAACUCGAAUAUUCCGAACUCUUGGACAAAGCGGCUAGCUUAGAUGACCCUUAUGAGCGCAUGGUGGAGAUCGCGGCCUUCGCGGUUUCAGCGUACGCAAGCACCUUGUCCCGCGCCGGCAACAAACCCUUCAACCCUUUGCUAGGGGAAACCUACGAAUGCAUUCGCGAGGAUAAAGGGUUCAAGUUCCUGGCCGAGCAAGUGUCGCAUCACCCUCCUAUAAGCACUUGCUACGCGAAGAGCAACAAUUUUACGUUUUGGCAAGACGCGAGAGUCAAAACAAAGUUCUGGGGCAAGAGCAUGGAGUUUCAGCCGCUGGGGAACGUGCACGUGCUGCUGCCGAAAACCGGCGAUUUGUACACGUGGAAUAAGGUGACCACGUGUGUGCACAACCUCUUCAGCGGACAGCGGUGGGUCGACCAGUACGGCGAGCUAAGGAUUUCGAAUGGGAGGAUCACGUGCAAGUUGACGUUUUCGAAGGCCAGCUACUGGUCGGCGAAGAGGCAUGAGAUCGUGGGAGCCGUCCUCGACGAGAACGGCAAGACGGUGCACCGCCUCUUCGGCAAGUGGUCCGAGUCCCUCUAUUGCGGCGUGCCACCCUCGGCGCGUUGCAUCUGGCGCGCUGGCAACUUGCCGCCCAACCACGAGCGCUAUUACGGAUUCACCCGAUUCGCGAUCGAGCUGAACGAGCUGGGACCCGACGCGCACGUGUUGCCGCCCACGGACACGCGCUUCCGGCCCGACCAGCGGGCGCUGGAGGAGGGUGACCUCAACACGGCCGAAACGCUGAAGAUGCAGUUAGAGAGCGCGCAGCGGGACCGCAGGAAGCGCAGGGAGGAGCUGAACGUGCUGUACGAACCGCGCUGGUUCUCCAACCAGAAGGACGAUACCUGGGAGUACAACGGAAAGUACUGGGAGACGAGGAAGAAUCCCGGGUUCGCCAACCUGCAGUUCGAGUCGUUGUGGUAAUAGGUAAGGUCGCUGCGCCAUCUAGGGUUAGGUUUCGUUGUGCGAUACAAAACCAGUGAUCUGCAUAGGAACUCGUGCAAUUUGUAUAGUGAUUUGAGUAUUUUUUCAUGUUUUCUUGUCGAAUGCCAUGCUUGUGCCGGUUUCUUGGAGUUCGAGGAUGUUUCCUUUUUCGUUCUUAGCAAUACAGUUUUAAGAUUUUAAUGGAAUGAAAUGUAGUGAUAUAUACGUUAGGUUAGGUAGUACGGCAUUUUAGUUAGGUAGGUUACGCAAAAAUCAAGUUUUAAAUUGUGUAUCGAUAAGAGAUAAAAUUCCACUUUGAAACUUUCCUAUCUAGUCACUAAUUAUUGUUCGAUAAGGUUAAAAAUGUAUUGUUAUUGUUGUAACUUAAUAUUUAUUUUUAUGUUAAGAGGUGUAACUUUUUUCAGUGGUCUUUUAAAUGUUUCAGAGAUGUAAUUGCUACAUUGUUCAUGAUUAAAGUGUCUUUUGGAAUUAUUGUAGAAUUAGUUGGAUUUUUAAGUCAAUGAAAGAGUGACAAUAAUCACUACAACGCCAAUUGUUUGAAAUGCUUCAUUUUAUAAUAAGCCUUGCUUCUUUGACAGGACUAUCUAGACAUGGAAGUUAUCACUUGUUUAAAUUUUGUUAUUAGUAAAAUGCUCUUUUAAAGGUGAAGGUUAAUAAAAAUGUUAAGCAUUAA